AUUCUGAAAUGGGAUUAAAAAGAAAUAAUCUGAAACUCAGUCCCGACUUUGGCCCAUCAAAAGUCUUCCAAGACAUAAUUUUUACCAAACCUAUAAAGAGGCGAACCUACAUCUCCUUGUUUUCAAAUUAUUCCUCUAUCUUAACCUCCUCUUCCCCUUCUGGCUAAAAUGUCGACUCCUCAAUCCCCGUCUAUCUAUAACGUCGAACAAGAGCAGUUGGACCAAGCCGCUUACAAGUUGGCCUCCUUGGAAAAGCUCGAUAAGAGCGGUGCUGGAUACUGGAACUGGUUCACCGUCCGUACUCUCCUUACCUCUGGUGCUGGUUUCUUCACCGAUUCUUACGAUGUCUUCAUCAUCAACUUGGUCACCCCCAUGCUUGGAUAUGUCUACUACUCCUCCAACAACAACAAGAUGCCUGCCAACAUUGAAGGUGUCCUCAAGGGUAUGUCCAGUGUCGGUACCAUGUUCGGUCAGCUCUUCUUCGGUUUCUGUGGUGAUAUCUUCGGUCGCAAAAUCUACGGUUUCGAACUUCUUAUUAUUAUUCUCGGUACUAUCAACUGUGCUACUUCUGCUUCUGCCGUUCGCGGUGUCUCCGUCAUUGGUUUCCUUGGUUUCUGGCGUUUGAUUCUUGGUUUCGGUAUUGGUGGUGAUUAUCCCAUGUCUGCUACUAUCACUUCUGAGUGGUCCUCUGCUGGCCGUCGUGGUAUGAUGAUGGCUUUGAUUUUCUCCAUGCAAGGUAUUGGUAACUUGGCCGCUUCUAUCGUUACUCUCAUCGUCUUGGCUUGCUUCAAGACUGCCGUCAACAACGACGUUAUGGCUCUCGAUUAUGUCUGGCGUAUCUGUAUUGGUCUUGGCUGCGUUCCCGCUGUCGGUACCAUCUAUCUCAGAUUCACCAUGCCCGAGUCUCCUCGUUACGCCUUGAACGUCCAACACGAUGCUGAAGCUGCUGCUGCUGCCAAGGGACAACAUGCCUCCGAUGAAUUGGUUCAACAAACUACCCGCGUUGAAAGACAAGAACGUAACCACUGGGCUGAAUUCCGUGCCUAUUUCGGUCAAUGGAAGAACUUCAAGCUUCUUUUCGGAACUGCUUCCACUUGGUUCCUCAUCGAUAUCGCUUUCUACGGUCUUGGUCUCAACAACAGCAUCAUUCUCAAUGCUCAUUGAGAAGAUGGGUCGUCGCACCAUUCAGCUUAUGGGUUUCACAGUCUGCGCCGUUUUGUUUGCCGUCCUUGGUGGUGCUUACCAUCAGCUUUUGAACAGCUCCAUGCCUGGUUUCAUUGUUAUCUUCACUCUUGCCCAACUUUUCCAAAACUGGGGUGCCAACGCUACUACCUUCAUUAUUCCUGGUGAAGUCUUCCCUACUAAAGUUCGUGCUUCUGCUCACGGUAUCUCUGCUGCCUGCGGUAAGGCCGGUGCUAUUCUUGCU